AUGCGUCACUUUGUUCGCAUUCCUCUACAAAGUCGCAAUCAACUACAAUUUACUGGAAUUUUAUCAUUACAAUCUCCAUCUUGCUCAGUGCGUGUGAUUUUUGACACGGGAUCAAGCGACUCAUGGAUCUUUCGUCCCAUUGACACGAAUUCCAACGAUCAACGAAGUGAAAAUUUCUUUGGAAUCAAAUACGGAGGGGGCAUCGUAUCAGGAUUUGCGACUGUGACAAAUGUGCAUUUUGGAUCUCCUAGACUUUUUCUUUACGACGUACUUCUUGGUUUCGUGACCGAUGAGACUCUUAAUUUAUUACCAUUAGAUAUUCAAGGUGUUGUAGGUCUUGGAAUGGAAGCGUUAGCACAGUUUUCUAACAAUUUGGGUUUUCUAAGCCGACUCGAGCAGCACGAGAGACCAUUUAUCUUUUCGUUCUUCAUCAGUAGCUCUACUAACGCACAGCCAUCAUCUCAACUUAUUAUCGGAGGGGAUGAUCCAGCUCUAGCUAGUAUCAACACGACAUGGAUUACGUUUCCAGUCGUUUCAACCACACAACUUUAUAGCCGUGAAUCUACUCGAGAUGAGCACAAUUGGGGAUUCUGGAUCGUACAAUAUAAUUAUUUGACAUUUAAUGAAAGCACACUGUCUUUCAAUGGUUUUGCACUACUUGAUUCGGGCACGUCAUUGCUUCUACUACCUUUAAGUACCUUUAAUAGUGUUGUUCAGAUGCUCUCGGCUUACUUUGGUACGCGCUUUUAUCUCAACACAAAUUGGAAACAAUCCCUCCCAGCGUGUAGACGUUGUAUGGUUAAUGACUUUCCAUUAAUCACCUUUCACAUCGUCGUAAGUGAAAACAUCAGCCAACAAAUAGAAUUACAUGGAAGCGACUACGUUCGCUGUGAUCCGCACCGUCAUGAAUGUACUGCAUUGAUUGAUACUAUUCACCCGUCUGAAUUUCCACAUCAAAUGAACGUUAUGAUUCUCGGUACACUGUUUUUUCGAGCGUACUACACACGCUUUGACUACAGUAACAAACAAGUGAGUCUAGCGUGCAUUCUCGACAGUCCCACCAUCUGUCGCGGCGGUUUGCAUCAGGCUUUGGACUAUUCGGGACAAUUGAUAGAGCCAAAGCACGAGAUACAGCAAUCAUCACGUCAAAUUUUGACUGGAGUGUAUGCUGCUAUCACUGCUCUCGUUCUACUUGCAGGCAUUCGAGGAUUCUUAUACACUCUAAGCAAACGGAAAUUCAAACACAUUCAUAACUCAUGA